UUUCCCGGAUCAUCGCAUAUGUUAUACUUGGAUUCACAGUUGGAUGCAUGUAACUUCAAGCAGCAAGGAGAGUAGCAAAAGUUCCUAGAGGAUUCUUGGGAGGCCUCAAAGCAAAUGAGCACUGACGGCGGCCAGCCGCAGCAGAAGCGGCGAAAAUGGGACGUGCCUGCAAACAUGCCAGCUGCGGCGCCUGAGGGCCCACCGGCGCCACUCUCUGCUCCAGCGCCUGGAGGCGUGGACAUCGCAGCUGCGCAGGCAGCAGCUGCGGCUAUCUUCAGCAAGUACCACCCGGGGGCACAGGCGAAGGGCGCCACUCCAGGAUCCGCGCCAGCAGUGGCGGCAGCGGCGGGGACUGCGGGGGCGGGGGCUCUGGAGCUGGCGCGGGAGGUAGUCAUCAACGACGCCCCCACCGGCGUGCGCAUCCACCUGACCAAGCGGGGCGUGCAGGACGAGAUCCAGUCACGCACCGCCACCAUCAUCGUGACGCGCGGCCGCUACUACCCCCCGGGCGUGCAGCCGGACGGCAAGGAGAAGCCGCUGCACCUGCUCGUACGGCCCGGGGCACACGCCGGCACGACGGAUGCAGAGAAGCAUCAGGCGGUCAGCAACGCGGUGUCGGACAUCCAGCGCAUCCUGCAGGGCAUGCCGCCGACCGCGCGGCCGCCCGCGGGCUCGCCACAGCCGCCAGCGGCGACUGCUGCUGCCUACGGCGCGCCACAGGCCGCGCCCGCGCCAGUGGGUGCACCCUACGCGCCCCACCCGCACCCACAUCAUCAGCCUCCACCCGCCUACGGCGCGCCGCCUCCUGCGGGCGCCGCUGGCUAUCAAUACCCGCCGGCCGGAGCGCCAGGGGGGCAGCCGCUGCCGCCCCCCGGGGCUGGGGUAAUCACGCCGCCGCCGCCCGCUUGUGUCAUCUACACUGGUGUCACGCAGCCGGGCGGCUUCCCGCUAGCUGACAAGAUCAAGGGGCCGGGGAACACCUACGUACAGCACAUCGCGACCACUACAGGCGCCACGGUGCAGCUGCGGGGCCGCGGCUCCAUUGAUGCUGAGGGGCCGGACCCCAUGCACGUGUUCAUCUCGGCGGCGGCACCCAAGGCGCUGGAGGACGCAAAAAGCCUCGUCCUGGACCUGCUCCGCACCGUGGGCGAUGAGUUCAAGCGGUCCUACCCUGCGGCGGCCCACACGGUGCUGGCGCCCGUUGUCACCGCGCCGCCGGGAGCGCCGCAGCCCACGCCCGCCUACGCGCCGCCCGUCCCAGCACCCUACUACCCGCCGCCUGGGGCCCCAGCCUACGGUUACCACCACCCGCCGCCGGGCGCGCCGCCGCCGCAGUACUACCCGCCGCCUGGGUCCUACGCCCCACCCUACGGCUACGCGCCUCCAGGCGCGCCGCCCGGGGCGGCUGGAGCACCGCCGCCGUACGGGUAUGCGCUGGCAGGGGCGCCGCCACCGUACGCCUACGCGCCGCCGGGGGCGGCUCCGGCGCCGUAUGGGGCGCCGCCACCGCGCCCGUACGCGCCAGCGGGGGCAUACCCUGGCAGUGCGCCGCCCGGGGCUUACGCGCCGUCCGGUGCGGGGCCAGGGCCUGCAGGUGCCUACCAGCCGCCUGGGACCGUGGCGCCGGCGUACGCCUCACAGCCAGUGCAAGGCAGUGCGGCGGGGGCACCGGCGCCGGCACACGGGGGAGCCUACGGCAGCAGCGCCGCCGCCACUGGACCCGCUGCCGCGGGCGCUGCCGCCGGCGGCAACAGCACGGUCGCCAACAACGCAUCCGGGAGUGGCAACGGCGGGCCGCCCAAGCGCAAGUUCCGGGAAGCACGCGAAGGCGAGCAGGCCCGCCCCUCGCCGCCGCCACCCGACAAUCCUUACGCGGCCUACGCCGCGCAGUAUGGGCGGGGCCAGCAGCCACAACAACAGCAGCAGCAGGGGCAGCAGCAGGGGCAACAGGAUGCGGGCGUGGACGCCAAGGCGGCGGCCCCUGCCCCGCUAGAUAGGAACGGAGGAGACGCCCCUGCUGCCGCGCCUGGGGGCAGCACAGUUGCACAGGAGGUGCCCGCAGCGACUGGGCCUGCCGGCGACGGUGACAGCGGCGGCGGUGCUGGCGGCGCCAUCACAGGGUCGCUGCAUGGGUUGCUGCACGGAUAUGGAGAUGACGAUUGAGGCAAGCAAGGCGCGCGCUUUCCACCUGAUGUUCAUUGCGAGUUGGGCUUAGCUUUACGUGGCGCUUGGGUCUGCGUUGUGUUUGGGGCUGUGUUGUGUGUGUGGGGUUCAGGUGGUGGCGGGGGAGGUGCACGGCCGUACGCCUGCCGUGCGGCUCCUGCCUGAAUCGGAGUUGCUGGAGUUGCGAGUGCGCAAUGUGUUUGUAGCUUGUCAUGCGGGCGAAGGAAGGCUGAGACCUUUAGGAUAGCGAGGCCUCUGCCGCCGGGCAUUCCCACAGUUAACAUGCUGCAAAGAGUGCCACAUGUUAGUACAUGGUAAAGCCUAUCGAUCUGGGCGGCAGGUCCAAAUCAGCAGCGAGUCCACCUCGCCGCCCCUGGCACGCCAGCUCCCGGUGACGUUUAGCUGAUAGCCUGGCCGCCUGGGAGGGGUUGCUUUCACCACCAGGGACGGCAGGUGCCUCGCCCGCACCCGGAUAGUGCUGCUGGCUGCGCAACUGCAUCCUGUCUUGAUCGGGGCGCACC